AGAAAUGUUCCCCAAAAUUCACCCACACCCACAUAAAAAAAACACCUGAUGUGAAGCUGGGACACUCUACAACACAUAUAAGAAAAACAAAUGAGGUUUGUGUAAGUGUGCUGAGGGGCGAUGGCUGCGAGGUCAGUGGACUGUGACUGUGACAGACUGAUGAUCUCUGUAUGUAAAGCAGAUGUGGUCCUGUGUGUGUGCACGCGUGUGUUGUGGAUUUAAUUUCUAAGGUGACUGAAGAAAGCCACAGUGAAUACCUUAACCCAUGGGCCUGAAACACUCCAAACCCAAGUUGUUCCCGGGGGACAUCGUGGAGUAUCCCAGGAACAAAUACUUCUCUCAUUUCGCCGUGUACUACGGAGAGAGGGACGGCGUUCCCUACGUCGCUCACCUGACAUGUCGAGAUUCAGACUCCAAGCUGCCGCUCUUUGGCCGAGCCCUGAAGUCAGAGGUCAAACUGGAUCCACUGGAGCUGCUGGGGAAAAACUACAAGGUCAACAACAUGUUGGACGACUCGUUCUCGGCCAGAGACUUCCACAGCGUGGUGAAGCCGGCCAUCGACGACUUGAUGGGACGUGAGGUGACGUUUGACAUCCUGUUUCAUAACAGCGAGCACCAGGCGACGCUGUUGAGAUACGGAGUCAAGAAAUCUGAACAGAUAGAGAAGAUUUAUAAACACAUCAUGCCGGCCUGGAAGAAGCUGUUUGAGCAGAAAAAACUGUGAAAGGUGUUUAUGUUCAGUUCUCCCCUCAACCACUGGAGGGCGACACUGUUCUCCUGAUUUCAAGGAGAAUCAUUUUCAAGAACAAAGCUGUUGGAUUGGUAGAUUAGAUGAGCCUAGGACCUUUUUACACUUGUGUCUAUUAAUGAAAACAUUCAUAACAUAAAAAAGUUGUAAUGUUAUGGAAUUUUAAAGUGGUUAUUGGAGAAAGGGUCAUAAUAUUACGAAAGUAGUAAUAUUUUCAAUAAAUGAGUUUUACAAGAAAAAAGUCCUAAAAGUUUCAAGAUAAUCUUAAUAUAUUACUCAAUUUAGAUUCUCUGAAGAGGUGAUAUUAUGGUGUGACAUUUUCUCAAAAUACUGGAAAAAGACUGGAAAAUCGCAGUUCAUUUUUACAUUUCUGCUGCAUCUGUGAUCCAAAUGUUUUUCACCAAAAAUGGAUGCUGCCUGCUGAACCUUUACAUAAUAAGCUUGUGUGAAGCAUGAAGUCCUCUUGGUGCUACAGUUCAUCCUUUAAGGAUUUUGUCAAGUUUCAUGUACUUCAGUUUUCAUUUUAGAUUAUUUUUAUCCUUUUUAUUUUUUUCCUUUUAUUAUUAAUUAACCUUUUCAUCAUCUCACCGUUUUCCUAUUCUCAUUAUAUCAUUAUUUGUUUUGGGGAUAUUUUGUUUUGUCUUUACUUUCUGUACAUACUCACAUUGUACCACCUUAACUUAAAUAAACAUUUUGUUUGCCAGCAUUUCCAAAACAAUCAAAUCUAUCUUUAACAUCUUAUACCAUUAAACUGCAACAGAGGCUGUGAGUAAAAUGUCAUGAAGGACAAUUAAUACAGGCGGACCAAUACUAGAAUAGCCAUAAACUUUUCUUUAAUAAAGCAAUUUUUCUUUGUCGCAGAGACCUUUGUUGGGCUUUGUCAAAUCCCACUUUACAAAUAAAGCUGUAGAACAGUG